AUGGGUGAUGAAGAUGACUGUGAACGUGUUUUCAAGCGGUUUGAUGUGAAUGGCGACGGCAAGAUCUCGUUGUCGGAGCUUGCAGAAGCCCUCAAAGUGUUGGGCUUAACCACACAGGAGGAAGUUGAACGUCAAAUGGCAGACAUUGAUCAAGAUGGCGAUGGUUAUAUUACGUUGGACGAGUUGAUUGAAUUUCGAAUCGCCAACCCUAGCUUGAUGAACGAUGUUCUCAAGCGACUCUAA